UUGUUGCCCGCUACAUCUUUUAACCACCAUGUCUGACGGGCAAGCAGAAGUCGAGAAACUUGGCGGCAGUAGCAGCGAGGACUCUGGUUCUCAGCGCGCAGAAAUCUUUGAACGUCCGGCAGGAUGGAGGGGUGUCUACUACCACCCCAUCACACAGGUUUCGAUGUUGGGAUUCGUGUGUUUCAUGUGCCCCGGCAUGUUUAACGCAGUUACUGGUCUCGGAGGUGGAGGCCAAGUUAGCACUACGGACUCGUCCAACUCUAACGCAGCCGUGUACGCGACUCUUGCGUUUUUUGGGUUCUUUGCCGGUUCGGUUAACAAUGUGCUUGGUCCUCGACGGACUCUGAUGCUUGGCACCUGGGGCUACUCGUUGUAUAUUGCUUCCUUCCUCGCUGUCAACAUUCAUCCUGGUGCGGGUAAUUUUGUUGUUGCAGCCGGCGCCAUCCUCGGCGCCUGUGCGGCCUUUCUUUGGACCGCGCAGGGCUCGCUGAUGAUGUCAUACCCCACCGAGGCUCAGAAAGGCAUGUUCAUCAGUAUCUUUUGGGCCAUCUUCAACCUUGGAGGGGUUGUCGGGUCUGCUGUUGCGUUUGGAAACAAUUUCAAGAGUACGAUUGGCUUCUUGAUUCUGACUCUCAUCGGCGUAUUUCUCCCGCUGCUUAUGGCGGACCCAGACAAAAUGAUCCGCACGGACGGAACUCGCGUGAACGAGGUCCGCCACCCAUCCUGGAAGACGGAGUUUUUUAGCCUCUUCAUAGCCCUGAAGACUGACCCCUGGAUUAUACUCCUCUUUCCGAUGUUCAUUGCCAGCAAUUACUUCUACACUUGGCAAUUCAAUGAUUACAACGGCGGAUUAUUCACCAUUCGUGCUCGGGGUCUCAACAACUUUAUGUACUGGACAUCACAGAUCUUUGGAUCCAUCUUCAUUGGUUACUUUAUCCUUGACCAGAAGAAGGUCCGGCGCAGAGUCCGUGCCUUCUGUGGCUGGAUCCUCGUGUUCUUCAUGAUUUUCGUCGUCCACGUCUGGGCAUACUUUUACCAAAAGACAUAUACCCGGCCUGAGGAGACUGCGCGAGGUGCUUACAAAAUCGAUAUCUAUGACUCAAACUACGCUGCCCAUGUCUGGCUCAUGAUCUUCUAUGGCUUCCUGGAUUCAAUGUGGCAGACAUAUGCAUACUGGCUGAUGGGCGCAAUGUCGAACGAUCCUGCCAAGCUGGCCGUGUUCGCUGGCUUCUACAAGUCCCUACAAUCAGCGGGUGCAGCGAGUGUCUGGGCUGCUGAUGGUGCUAGUGCCCCAUACAUGAACAUUUUCUUGUCAACGUGGUGUCUCACAGUCGCUGGCAUGAUCUUUGCCGCACCGAUGGUGUACGUUCGCGUCACUGACCACACGGAGAUUGAGGAUGAGGUUCUGUGAGUGUCUAUGAUGACUGAUGGACCUGUCACUGGUGUUGACUUUUAUGGCAGGAUGCAAAUUGAGGGCGUGGAACGGAUCGAGCCCCCAGUUGUUACGACGGCGGAGAGGGCGUAAUAUCAUGACACUAAUGUACUGGUCACGAACAGCUCUAUGUGUUGAUUAUUUUCUUUUGGUUUUCAUGGUAAGGUACUUAACGAUCAACAACUUGUCUUUAGUUUGCUGCACACUUAAUGGUGAUUCUGCUGUCAUCUCAAGUUGAAGGUUCAGGUCAUCCCGUCGUACCGAGAUGUUGGUUCCUAGAGACGGUGUGACAUUAAUGUUGUCCCGUGAAAACUUCGGACACGCAGCUAAGUGAGAACUCUUCAUCACACUUACAUGGCACCG